AUGUCUCCCAUUCUACCAGCUCCUCCGGGUAACAAAGAUUUUCAUUGGGAUGACGCCUUUGAAAUUGCCUUCAAACAACUUAAGGAGUACCUAACCAAUCAGCCGGUACUUGUCAAGCCUGAAGAGGGAGAGAUAUUGUACCUCUACGUCUCCGUUUCCAGUUCGGCAGUAAGCGGGGUGCUAGUUUGGGACGAUCGCGGCGAUCAGCGACCAAUCUUUUAUAGUAGCAAGGCCCUUAACGAUGCAGAAACGCGCUACCCAACAUUGGAAAAACUGGCUCUCGCCUUAAUUGUUGCCGCUUGA